AUGCCAAUGGAAGAAGACAAACAGAACCAGGCUGCAAGAGUCAUUCAGAGGUGCUGGAAAAGAUGUAUUAAUGUCCGUGUCUUUCGAUACUACAAAGAACUAAUAGGCUUUAGAGGAGUUGGGGACCCUCAUCUUCUGAUGAAAUGCAUUGACCCUAGAGAGGCAGAGUUACUAGAUGCUGCAGCAGGUGUUUAUAUCCGAUUCAGACUAGGUGGUACUAAAUAUCCUCCAAGUAUAUAUUACAAAAUAUUCACUUAUAGACCCAUUGUGGAUAUGUGUGCUAACAGCCCUAAAGAUUAUACAAAGCCAGCAUACAAACAGCUGCUGCCAGAGGCUAUUCAUGGAAAGAUUUGGAAAGAUGACCGCAGUGGCUGGUACAAGCGUGUGGAGAAUAAUGGUUGGAGACUGCUUUCGAUCAGAUUUUGGAGGACCAUAGAUCCUGUAACUGAUGAGGACAACACAAAGGAAAAGGAAUGCCAUUACUCUAAGUUGAAGAGGAAACAAGACAUUGACCGGAGAAGAAAAAGGAGAAAAAUUGAAUGGAUGACAAAAAUGUAUUAUGCAGGAAGCUUGCGGGUCAAAACAGAGGACCCUACCACUGCAAUCUUAAUUCAGAGAAGUGCAGAAGGCAUCGUCAAUGCUGUUGAGAAAGGAGGAACAGACAAUGUAAUGGAAUGGGAAGUGGAUGAACUGUUGCAAUGGACAAAUGCACUUAACUUUGAAGAAUAUAUUAGCCAGUGGAAAGAAAUUGCAACAAGCAACUCAUCAGCUAACUACCAGGGUUUCCAGUUUAUUGUAUCACAACAUGAUCCAUGUGAAUUCUCACAGCUAUCCCAUGGAAACAUCCAGGAAACACCAAUCCCUAAUCCAUUACCUUUAAAUGAAACAGACUUCAAGUCAGGGACAUCUAUAACACCAUUAAACUCACCUUGUAAUCUCCCAAUGGAUAACAAUUCUGAAUGA